GUUUGUUGGUUGCAGCUUGCUGUUUUUGUUGAUAACUCUAAACUGCUUGGCUCACCAUGGACCGAUCCUUUGCCUGCCAAACUCCUCCGGCGGAGACCGAACCGCCGGGUGACGGACAUGCGGCAGCACAGCCUGUAGCACCCAGCGACCUGACCCCUUGGAGGUCCAGCGUACAAGAGCCGCAAAAUGUUCUGGAACCACAGUACCUUUAUUGCAACUCUGGGAACCCAUCGACGCUGGCGACCACUUGGGCAAACGAGCUUUCGCCUGGUUCGCCGGGCUCGCAAGACCCUCAAGGCCCUCAAGGACCUCAAGGACCUCAAUGCUUCCCGAGGACAAACGCACGUCUUUCCAAUUUUUCGAGUUGGUCGGCGUCAUUCAGUGUUGUGCCCAGCCCUGCAGCCACUGGUUCGCGUGAGCAUUCGAGCGCUUCUCCAGGCUGGCGAGGCUGGACAGGAUUUCCGGAGACCGCACGUCUGUCCAAUUUUUCGAGUCCGUCAACGUCAUCCAGCCUUGAGCCCAGCCCUGCAGCCAGUUGGUCGAGUGGCAUUUCGCAAAGUUCUCAAGACUCGCAAGGCUCGACAGGGUUCCCCAGGAAGAGCGCACGUCUUUCCAACCUUUCGAGUCCGUCAACCUCAUCCAGCCGUGUGCCGAGCCCCACAACCGAUUCGAAAUUACCCAAAACGAACAGUCGAGGACGGAAGAAACUUUUGUUGGAUAAGUCCAUUGUGGAAAAAGGCACCCCGCAAUGCUGGCUUUGCCAAAGCUCAAGCAUCCAAGAUGUUCAAAAAGAAUCUUGCCGCUCCAAAUUUGCGCAUCUCGUGAGCACCAUACUCGAGCUUCCUGUCCUCACGUUCCCUGACCCAAACCCGAGCAUUCUCUUCAACGUGCUGAGUUCGGUGCCCAAUCCCAACUCCACCCUUCUGAACUCUGUAUUUUCAACCAAUCUGAGCCCAGUGACCGAUCCGACAUUCACGCUUCUGGACGCCUCGUUGCCUGCCAGUCAUCCCAGAAGCGAAAACGAGAGCGACCUCAUCAGGCUUUUUGAAAAGACUCCGACCGGCGCAAGCAGCGCAAGCAGCACCAGUGUGGCAGACUUUACCAAAAUUGUGACUCCUGAAUUCUUGCAAUCGUACCGCUUCAGCGACCCAACCCCACUCGAGUUUGACCAGCUGGUGUCGAUUUGGAACUCGACGAUGACCAUCGAAGACUUGUGCUCUCAUAUUCAGCCUGGCCGCUCUAUUCUUGUCAUCGACCUUAUUGACAAGUUCUUGGCGAAGCUCCAGAGUUCAGACAAUCCAGUCGACCCUUGGUUGGUUUUUGCAGCCCUUCUUCAAACUGACUUCCCGGCUGUUUCGUUCGACAAUGUCGAUUUUUGGACGUUCGAAAACAUCGAUGCUCUUUGGACGGCGCUUCAGCCGUAUUCAAAACUGGUGACGAUUCCUCACAUUCUCAGAUUUUACCGGCCCCAAGAGUCGGUGCCUGCUGCUCUGAACAUUCCUGUGCUCGUGGUGCUCAAGCUUGCCUUUGAUCACUCGGCCGCGGCCGGCGAUAGCGCGGUACAGCUGUGCCGAUUGGUGGUACCGGCCGUGGAAAGCGUGCUGAGCAAUCGCUUUCGUCGUUGGCCUCUGAAAGCCGAAAACAGCUCGGUGGACGACGUGGUUGGCGGGAUUCUGAGCUACUUUUUCAAGCGCGGCCGAAACACGCAACCUGCUUCUUCGGUACCAGCCCAACUGACCACGAGUGCUUUAAAUGCUGGUGGUGCGGAAACGCUGACGAUGAUGCCUCCGAACUCCUCCUUGACACUGGAAUGA